AGGAGUGCAGAGGGCGGGGCCGCGCACCUAACCCGGGGAGGCUCGGAGGCGCCGCGAGCAGAGGGAAGCUGGCGGCCGCUGGGCAGGAGCCAAGCAUCGCUGCUCACCUAAGCCGCCCGGAGGACACCCCGCCGGUAGAUGAAGAAACAGUGACCUGAAGGAAGUUACCCACACAGAAUCAUUCCACAGAGAAACUAGGCCAGGAGGCCAGGAGCCCAGACCUGAACCCUCGUGGGAAGACUUUCUGCAACUCGAAGCCAACGAUGGAUUUCAAAUGUGUGAAGGACUAUUUCUCCUGGCUCUACUAUCAAUACCAGAUUAUUAGCUGCUGUGCUGUGUUGGAGCCCUGGGAGCGCUCUAUGUUCAACACCAUUUUACUAACCAUUUUUGCCAUGGUGGUGUACACUGCCUAUGUCUUUAUCCCAAUCCACAUUCGCCUGGCUUGGGAAUUUUUCUCAAAAAUAUGUGGCUAUCACAGUUCAAUUUCCAGUUGAUCUCAUCUGCAUUCUGUAAAACAGCACUCCGUAUUUAUAUGUUGCUGAUGACUGAUUGCUUUAGGGGACUCCUGCGUCAUUCUUCCACUAUCUGAUCUUAAAGGCCCUCUUGUGCACAAACCGUAACCCACUGCCUGGAAUC